AUGGCAGUGCCUCACAAAAUCUCCGAUGCCGAUUGGCAGAAACACAAGCCGACCAUCUGUCGCCUAUAUAAGGACGAAGAUAAGCCCAUGACUGAGCUAAUGGAGGUGAUGUCCACCGAGCAUGGCUUCAAGGCAAGCAAACCUCAAUACAUGAGGCGCUUCAAAGAUUGGCACGUUCAGAAGAAACGGACAAGUGACUUCUGGAAAGACCUCAGCCUGAACCUUAAGCGCAAGAAUCUCCUGGUUGACGAUGUUGAUGUCUUCUUGGAUGGGGAGCUAAUUCCAAACAAAAGACUGAAGAGGCAGCUUUCGAGAAAUGACCCUCCCACGUUGACGCAAACGAUCGUGAGGCCUCGAACUCCAGAAGGGAUAUUCAUCCGCCCAAGGACCCAGACACCCCGAUGUCUCCUCAUCUCGCUGCCAUGGCACGAGAUAUGUACUCGGCUCGAAUUGGCCAUGACAAGUUUGGCAAGGAAAGAAAGUCGUUCUCCGUCACCUAUGCCAUCCGCUAUCAUUGAUAUCAGCGAUGAUUUACUGGAAUUGGGAUACAAUGAAAUCUGGCGAGAAGAUAUUCUCGGAUUCACUAAGGAGACCGAAACGGAUCAACCUUCGUUUCCUUAUCCCGACUUUGCACAUCAUCGUCUUCAGAUACAGAAGGCUUCCAGAGACAGUAACAUCGUCAGUGCAGGGAUUACCAACCUCUUGAAUCUAUCACCAUGGUGGUCUAGCCGAGAGAUUUUGGCACAUAUCAUGGCUCAGCUCGCAACAUACAUGCCCGAAAGAUGGCCUGGGGAGACCGAAAACGUCGUCAAUCAACUAAUAGACCCCCACUCGACAAUGAGGAUGCAGAUCUUCACAUCAUUCGCCGUUCUUUUGCUCUCCAACAAUAUUCUGGGGCAGUACGAAGUUGAAGCCUUUGUCAUAGCUCUCGACGAGAUGGCUGGGCCUAGUGCUUUUGAAAUGCUCCGGGUGGGAGAGGACUCCAGCACUCGUGCCAUCAUAUCCGAACUCCUGUUUGCAGCCGUGAGGUUGGACAGGUCGGACCUAGUGAAAAGUGCGGUGAAGAAUGGGGCAAAUGUGAAUCAGUGGUCCACUGGCUUCGACUCGAGAACGUUGAUUGUGGAGGCAGUUUGGUCGAGCAGCGUUCGCGUUAUUGAGGUACUUGUUGAUGCUGGCGUAGUUGUAACCUCAGAAAGCAUACACAGUCGACUGGGACAUUGUCUCAGCUGUCCAUUACACGCAUUUUCGGGUGACGGUACCGUUGCAGACCAUUUCCAAUUUCUUGGGGGCUACUGUCCUUGCGAGAGUGAUCGGGCACAACGAAGUUGUGCCAUUACAGCUGCUGCCGCUUCACGGGAAACUGUCGAACUCCUCCCUCUCCUCCUCAAGGUACAGGUAACAGCACCAGCUGGUCCAGUGAUAGUGAGUGCCAUCCGUUACGGUGCUAGGGUGGAAACGGUCGAGAUGCUUCUUCGGAAUGGGACGACGGUCAAUGAAUGUGAACUCUCAAAAGAUCAUGAUGGAGGGAUUUACGGGGAUUCGGCGACGCCUCUUUGCGCGGCGGUAUGUUCUGAUGAUGCUGAGAUGGUCAAACUCCUCCUCAACUAUGGUGCGAAUCCAAACGGCCCAAUAAUGCGCAAACAUGAGCGUCUCAUGGAAACCUUGGGAAAGAGGCUUUACAUGUCUCCCCUCCUGGUUGCUGCUCAGUGUGGGAAUCUGGACAUGGUCAAACUACUACUUGCGCAUGAUGCAGAUCCAAACUGGUCGACCUUGGACAUUCUCGAUGAACGGACAAGGAAAAGAGUCAUUCGAAAAAUAGAGGCUGGGCGAGGGGAUAGAGUCGACGAGAAUACUCGAUUUCAUUACCUCUUCCCAAUACAGGCUGCAGCCAGCCUUGAGGACCCAGCCAUCCUGGAAUACCUCCUGGACAAUGGGGCAAAAGCGAACCCAGAAUAUGGCAUGCCUCCUUUGUCGAUUUCUGCAUACUAUGGGAGAGAGGCGACCGUCGACAUGUUGAUCGGGCGGGGAGGCAUGGUCAACCUAGCCGACACGCAAGAUUGCAGCAUGUCUCCUCUCGAGGGAGCGGUGUCUUCAGGGAAUGAAAUCAUAGUUCGGCGAUUGAUCUUUGCAGGAGCUGAUCUGGAUCGAUGCUCAUCCGGAAGAGAGGGAGGCACAGCGCUUCAACGAGCGGCAGAAAGAGGCUUCGGGGCCAUAUUCGACCUGUUACGAGAGACUGGUGCGAAACUCGACUGCUGCUCGAACCCAGAUCAUUCAACAGCUAUUCUUCAAGCAUUCGUCAGACAACGCAACUAUGACCGGGCACUGGAGUUGCUGGAAGCCGGCGUAUCUCCAAACGGCAAGUCUAGGGAUGGAUCCUCGCCGUUGAUAGCAGCCAUUUUGAAUCAAGACUUGAUUCUCAUGUCCCUUUUGCUUGAAUGGGGCGCAGAUGCCAAUGACGACUCCUGCAUACCAAGCUCAUCCUGGAUACCCUGGCAGAACAGAAUGCCAUUACUUGGUCCACAGGUUUACGGCUGUUUACCUCCCAUCCACUGGGCAGCUGCUAUGGGCAACUUGAGCGCUGUUACCAUUCUGCGCAAUGCUGGCGCCGACGUAAAAAAGUCUGGAUCAUAUGAGCACAAUCUUCGACACACUGACGGCUUAACCGCCUUACAAGUCGCGGUAGAAGCCAAACGCAGAGACAUUGUCGAAUUUCUUCUCGACCAUGGAGCUCAGGUCAAUGUUGGCGCCUGCCAUCGUGACCCGUCAUCGCCGAUAGUUGCUUCAAUCGUAAAUUUGGACCUUGAAAUGACAAAACUAUUACUUCAGCAUGGAGCAGAUCCCUACUUGGAGGCCCAAUGUGCGACCGAAAAGAACUGGUCGCGGAGGAAAUAUCCUCAACUCGCUCUUGAGGAAGCAUGUUACCGGGGGAAUCUCCGGAUGGCACGGCUUUUGGUAUCAUCUGGGGUCGAUGUCAAUGUUGGAUAUCCUCUAUUCUUCACUUUUUGUUGCUCGGGAAGCAAUAGGAUGGGGGCCGACCAGAGAGCCCAGAUAAUGGAGCUGCUGCUCGGCUGCCACAUCAACGUCAACCGAAGACACCCCACGCAACACACUCCUUUGCAGGCAGCACUCGACUAUGCCAGGGACAAUCAUGCCGGAAGCACCGUAGCAAUUCGGUGUGCCCGCACACUCGUUGAACUAGGUGCUGAUAUCAACGCUGCGCCAUCAAGUGAUCGGUUCGGGAGGACGGCGCUUCAAACUGCUGCUGGGAUGGGGGAUGUUGAGUUCGUUCAGCAUUUGCUAUCAAAGGGGGCAGAAGUCAACGCUCCAGCUAGCCCCAGGGCUGGAUUCACGGCUUUACAAGCAGCCGCGAUUGGAGGAUACUUGGGUAUCGCACAAAUUCUUCUAAAACAUGGCGCUGAGAUUGAUGCGGAUCCAAGCCCCAUUGAAGGCAGACGGGCAAUCGACGGAGCAGCAGAAAUGGGACGCAUCGACAUGGUGAAAUUGCUGCUGGAUAACUACGACGGACCUAGACCCAUCUCCAAGGUAUGCGAGAGUGCAAUGAAGCACGCAAAAAAAGAGAACCAGUGGUAUGUUAUGAAAUUCUUGGAGUCUUAUACGCCGCUGCAGCGAUGA